GGGAUGGGGGACUGACUAACCACACAUGGUCCUUCAGUGCCCUUCCCUAAUUUCUUCCUUAUGAAUCGAAACCCUAACCCUAACCUUCUCAAUUUCAAUCCAUAGAAGAUCAGAGCAAAGGGGAAAAGAUGGAAACCCAGUUCGCUCACAGUCUGUUCGAGAGACGCUCCAUAACUAAAUCGAAGGCUCCGGCUGUGAAGUGGGUCAGGGAAUGGGUGCCUCAAGAUGUUGUAGCAACAGGUGGAAAGUGCAAGCUUUUGAAGUGGGUAAAUGAGAACACCUUGAAGGCUUUGAAAGAGAAAGCAAAAGAGCCAGACGCACCAGAGCCUGAACCGGAGCCUACUACUGAAGUUCUUUUUCUCUGCAGCUAUGAAGGAUGUGGAAAGACCUUUAUCGAUGCUGGUGCCUUGAGGAAGCAUUCUCACAUCCAUGGAGAGAGACAAUAUGUUUGUCAUUAUGAGGGCUGUGGAAAGAAAUUUUUGGAUAGUUCAAAAUUAAAGAGACACUUUCUCAUUCACACUGGAGAGAGAGAUUUUGUAUGCCCUGUUGAAGGGUGUGGCAAGGCAUUCUCCCUGGAUUUCAACCUGAGGUCACACAUGAAAACACAUUCACAAGAAAACUAUCAUAUCUGCCCUUACCCAGAUUGUGGCAAGAGAUAUGCUCAUGAGUACAAGCUUAAAAACCACAUAGCAUCUCAACAUGAAAAGAAUGCAACAGUGGAUGUGACAAAAUAUGCUACACCUCCAGAAAAGACACCAAAAGCUACCAAGUCUUCAGGGGGUGCUCAUAGCUCUGCAGCAUCAGCUGAUCGCCCUUAUGCUUGUCCUUAUGAAGGUUGUGAAAAGGCCUACAUACAUGAAUACAAGCUUAAACUUCAUUUAAAGAGAGAACAUCCUGGCCAUAUGUCUGAUGAGAAUGCUGAGAAUGCCACGGUUAAUGCUGAAAAUGAGAAUGAUGAAGCCAGUGAUCAAGAUGCUUAUGCUGGAAAGCAGGUAAAUGGUAAGAGUAAGAGACAACAAAGCAGGGCAAAGCCGAAUAUUAAGAUGCCUCCUUCAAAAGUUGCACGGAAGGCGUCCACUUCAUCUCCUGCGACAGUGAAUGUGACAAAGAAAUCCUGGCCUCCUAAAGAAGAGGUAUUUGAGGAAGAGGAUAGUGAAGAAACUGAGGAAGAUCGAGAAAAUGUUGAGGACGGGUGGAGGUACGGGGAGAACAAUGAAGAGGACGAUGAAGAAACAGAAUAUGAAGACUAGAAGAUGAAGGUCUGAACUGUAACAUUAAUAUUGCACUGGUUAUUCCUAGACCAUGCACUUUGGUUUCGUGGCCACUGUAAGUAGGAUUCAACUGUUAUUGGGAUCUCACUCUUUCUUAUCAUUUUCCUUUUCUAUAAAAAAAAAUAAUAAUAAUAAUACUUUGAA